AUGGGUAACCCCGCCGAAGUAUAUGCAUAUGGAAGCCAAUGGUUUGCAACUACAUUUGGAGUGGCAUUGGGGAUUUUUUCCGCCAUGCUCAUCUUCGUCCCCUUCUUCCACAAGCUUCAACUGAGUUCCAUUUUCGAGUAUUUUGAAAUGCGUUACAGGUCGAAGAGUGUCCGAAUCCUGGGAAGUGUGUCAUUCAUCCUUCAACAAGUUUUGUACAUGACUGUUGCCUUGUAUGCUCCUGUUAUUGCAGUUUCCUCUGUUACUCCUUUCCACGAAUGGACCGCGAUUCUUGUCGCAGGGAGCAUAUGCACUGUCUACACAGCCAUCGGAGCGUUGAAAGGGGUGAUAUGGACGGAUGUCCUGCAGGUCUUCAUCAUGUUCGCUGGUCUCUUAUUGAUCAACAUCUACGGAACUGUUGUAGUCGGAGGAGCAAGCAAAGUGUGGGAUAUCGCCUCUCAAUAUCAACGUGAUCAGAUCUUCAAUUUUUCCUCGGACGUGUACGAACGACACACGUUUUGGAAGCUGGUGGUGCAUUUUUGGAUCUCGUGGAUGGUCGCUCAUGGAUGCAAUCCACCAGCUGCCCAACGAUACUGCAGCCUCAAAAAAGUAUCUACUGCAUUCAAGGCAUACCUCUGGAAUGCAAUCUUGACGAUCAUUUUGUGGGUCCUGGCGACGUUCUCAGGUCUUGUUGUUUUCGCCAACUACGCUGACUGUGAUCCACUCAAAGCCGGAAUCAUCACGAAGCAAGACCAGAUCAUCCCUUAUUACGUCCUGGACGAACUUGGUCACGUUCACGGUUUCCCCGGCAUCUUCCUCGCCUGUCUAUUCAGCGGAGCGCUCAGCACUUUAUCAUCCGGUUUGAACUCCCUUGCGGCGGUGACUUAUGUUGACGGUGUCAUGCUCACUUCAUGGAAAGGAAGAAUCACCGAGUUUCAGGCAAUCGUCCUCACCAAAUUCUUCGCCCUGGGAUAUGGGAUUAUCGUUAUUGCAUUGUCCUUCGUGCUGUCCAAGAUGGAGUUGGGAGUGACAACAAUCGCCACGAUCUUUGCCAGUAUGACUCAGAGUCCCCUGGCUGCCGUCUUCAUCGCCUCCAUGUAUCUCCCCUUUGUUAACAAAUAUGGUGCAUUCAUGGGGUUGCUAGUGGGGAUGGGUAUGACGGGGUGGCUUGGCAUCGGAGCCAGGGUGCACGGGGUGCCACCAGAACCACCUUUACCAUCAUCUGUGGGUGGUUGCUUUCACAAUGCCACUCUUGUCCCUUCUGCCGCCUUCUACUCCAAUCUCACCUCUUUCACUCUAUCUGAUCCCACACCAACCCAAUCCCCAUAUCCGCACGUGUACGACAUGUCCUACCUCAUGCUGACUCCUAUUGGGUUCUCAUCCGCUCUCGUCACCUGUAUCGUCGUCAGUCUAGUCACAGGCGGUUAUUCACUUGCACAUCUGGACGAUACCCUCAUCGCUCCCACUGCAUUAAGAUGGUACAAGAAAUUGCGUGGUGUCGCCUUGUCCACCAGAAAGCCCAGUUUGAAAGAUAUACCAAAUCCACUUACAGAUAGCUUUGAUGAUAGAGAAAAAAAAUCUUAGAUGAAGAAAGACAAAAGAAAGACAAUGAUCAUAUUCAAAAUUCCAUUCUAUAUAUAAUAUUUAAGUACUGUUUUUUACUUUGAUGGGUUUUUUUUCAGUGGGGCUAGGGAUGGGGAAUUCAUUCUGUGAUUCAAGGGUCAUUUCAUCAGGGUGAAAUGAUUUGACCCGGUAAAUAUGUGAAUUUCACAUAAAAAUUACGAGCAUCCAUGUCGAGUAGCUGCUUCUCAUGUUCGAGAGGACUCAGGUCAGGUGGCUUAGACACGUCUGUCGCAUGCCCACUGAGAGACUUCCAAGAGGAGUCUUCUAGGUCAAGAUGACCAGCAAAAGACCUGUCGGUAGACCUCGUACAAGGUGGAGCGAUUACGUCGCUCGGCUUUGUCAAAAGAGGUUCGGCAUUCCACCAGCUGAGCUUGAGUCCGUUGCCCAGGAUCGAGGUCAAUGGAGGACGCUCCAGGACAUGCUCUAACCGUGACCCCAUAAAGUUGGGAUAAGCGGUAUCAAAAGUGCACAGGGAUGUUUGUAUGUAAAGUACGACCCCAUGUUUACAAGGAGCAUUGAUGCGCAAGAAUGGCCGACCCAAUAAUGCCGGGUGCUUCCAAUUAUUUUGAAAUCUUGCCUUGUAUGAUGUGAUGAAUAUACAUGUGAAAUUCGCAGGUAAAAUAAAGGCGUCUCUUUUUUUUUAAACUGAGAGCAA